UUAUUGUUUACAUGGGAAACGAGUUUUGAUACGUGUUCUUUACUUAUUUGAUCGGACAAAUCUACAGGAUCCUACACUGCAGAUUAUUUAAAAUGAAUGUCUUAAAAGCUCUUUUAUUGUUUUCUUGUAUUUAUUCAACAAUAUCAGGGAGUAAGAAAGAAGAGGAAUUACCAAAAGAUGUAUUAUGUGCUGGAUGUGAAGCCGUUUCGAAAGAACUUUCCAAACGAUUAUCCUACGAUUCUAAACAGAAUUUGGAGAAAAAAGUACCAACAGUUUUACGCACAGUAUGUGAUGAAGAUAAUUUCAAAGAUACAGAAUUCAGCCCAUCCAAAGUUAGAGGCGCCUGUAAACAGCUUCUUAAAAAGCAGAAAUCAGAUAUAACAACAGGCUUAGUGGAGCAUUACAGUAAGAGGAAACAGUCAGGGUCUUACUUAGAUCUGUUACAGAAACUCUGUACGGAUGUUACUGGUGUUUGUGUACGUGACACGGAGACGGGAAAACCAGCGGAGGGUAGAGUUAUUUUUAAUGACGAAAAACAGGAGUUUGAAGUUAUUAUGGGCGAUAAUGUACGAAUGCCACAGCCUGUCAUCAAGGAAAAGGAUCCAAAAAAUUCACAUGAAAAUAUUGUGGUUGAUGGAAUACACUCAGUUCCAGUUAAACCACUAAAACCUACUUUGGCAAGUCACGAUGAACUUUAAGAGAUGACAGUGAUGAAUUUAAAACAUUUCAGAGUUGUAAUUUUAUUUCAAACAAAGGCAUUUAAUCAAACAGAUGAACGAUGGAGUGCAAUAAUAUUGGUUGCUAUUCUAACUAAAGAAAAUAAUGAAAUCACUUUAACAACGGAUAGGAAUGGGUUUCUGAAGUGUUAGAUAAACUUUCUUUUUUUUUUGUCCCUUAUGAAAUUCCAGGGUAAAUAUUUACGAAAAAUAAUGUUCUUAUACUGACAAAUUCUGCUUUCUCUUGGGUUUUAAAUUAAAAUAUGUGCAUAUCAAUUUCUUAUAACACUAUUGGACAUGGACAUGUACUGAAAUAUAUCAUUUAUUUUAUUGACCAUGAAAAUUCUUUUGAAUGAUAAUAUGAUACAGUUACAUCCAUUUCGACUUUAACCCUUAUUAAGCAGUUGAUUUUUUAAUAUUUCUACAUACCAUUGAAAUUUAUUAAUUCACUAUGCAAUUUUAUGUGAUUAUACCUUAAUUGUGAUACAUUGUAUUUACAUUAAUGUACUUUCGUUUUUGUUAAGUUUUGUAUUUAAUUUCUCAUAUAUUGUGUACUUGAGUCUUCUUUUUUCUAACUGAAUGUUUGUAUGAUAUUGACGUUUUUCUUACCUAUAUGUUUGUACAACUUUUAUACUUUAUUUAUAAAAAUAUAUCUGAGAAA